GCUUUCCAGAAACUGCUAGACUGUAGCGCGCGGAACUAUAAAGUCAGUGAGCACAGUGUACGUUGGAUAAAGAUACGAAGUCCGAAAACCAUUCCAAGUUUGGAAGAAGAGGGUCUUUUUGACGUUAAAAUCUUCUACAGCACAGACGACCAAACAAGUCAACGAUGUCAUCAGCAAAAGGUAUUUCCAUUGGUAUUGACCUGGGUACCACCUACUCCUGCGUUGGGGUGUUCCAGCAUGGAAAAGUGGAGAUCAUUGCCAACGACCAGGGCAACAGAACCACCCCGAGUUAUGUGGCCUUCACAGACACAGAGAGGCUGAUUGGUGAUGCUGCAAAAAAUCAGGUGGCCAUGAACCCCAACAACACCGUCUUUGAUGCCAAGCGUCUCAUUGGACGAAAGUUUGAUGAUUCCGUUGUUCAGUCUGACAUGAAGCACUGGCCCUUCACAGUCAUCAGUGAUGGGGGAAAGCCCAAAGUUCAAGUGGAGUACAAAGGUGAGAACAAAACAUUUAACCCAGAAGAAAUCUCCUCCAUGGUCCUGGUCAAGAUGAAGGAGAUUGCUGAGGCCUACAUGGGACAGAAAGUAACCAAUGCAGUCAUCACCGUUCCUGCCUACUUCAAUGACUCCCAGCGCCAGGCCACCAAGGACGCUGGGGUGAUCGCUGGACUGAAUGUGCUGAGGAUCAUCAACGAGCCCACGGCAGCAGCCAUUGCUUAUGGACUGGACAAAGGCACGACCGGUGAGCGUAACGUCCUCAUCUUUGACCUAGGUGGUGGUACUUUUGAUGUUUCUAUCCUAACCAUUGAAGAUGGCAUCUUUGAGGUCAAAGCCACUGCUGGAGACACUCACCUGGGUGGGGAAGACUUUGAUAAUCGCAUGGUGAAUCACUUUGUGGAGGAGUUCAAGAGGAAAUUUAAGAAAGACAUUAGCCAGAACAAGAGGGCACUGAGGAGGCUGCGCACAGCAUGUGAGAGGGCCAAGAGGACACUGUCCUCCAGCUCCCAGGCCAGCAUUGAAAUCGACUCUCUUUAUGAGGGCAUUGAUUUCUACACCUCCAUCACCAGAGCUCGCUUUGAGGAGAUGAACUCCGACCUCUUCAGGGGAACCCUUGAGCCUGUGGAGAAAGCCCUGAGAGAUGCCAAGUUUGACAAGGCACAGAUCCAUGACAUUGUCUUGGUGGGAGGUUCCACCAGAAUCCCUAAAAUCCAGAAGCAGCUGCAGGAUUUCUUCAAUGGAAGGGACCUGAACAAGGGCAUCAACCCUGACGAGGCAGUGGCCUAUGGUGCUGCAGUUCAGGCUGCCAUUCUCAUGGGUGACAAGUCUGAGAACGUUCAGGACCUACUGCUGCUGGAUGUGGCACCCCUGUCUCUGGGCAUUGAGACGGCUGGAGGUGUCAUGACUGCCCUCAUCAAGCGCAACACCACCAUCCCCACCAAACAGACCCAGACCUUCACCACCUACUCAGACAACCAGCCCGGGGUCCUGAUCCAGGUGUAUGAGGGAGAAAGAGCCAUGACCAAGGACAACAACCUGUUGGGCAAGUUUGAGCUGACAGGGAUUCCACCGGCUCCACGCAGUGUCCCUCAGAUUGAGGUGACCUUUGACAUUGAUGCCAAUGGAAUCCUCAAUGUGUCAGCUGCAGACAAAAGCACUGGCAAAGAGAACAAAAUAACCAUCACAAAUGACAAAGGCAGGUUGAGCAAGGAGGAUAUUGAGAAAAUGGUACAGGAUGCAGAGAAGUACAAAGCAGAAGAUGACACUCAGAGAGAGAAGAUUGCUGCCAAGAACUCCUUGGAGUCCUACGCAUUCAACAUGAAGAGCAGUGUUGAGGAUGAGAACAUGAAGGGCAAAAUCAGUGAGGACGACAAGAAGACAGUUGUGGAGAAGUGCAACCAGGCCAUCUCCUGGCUGGAGAGCAACCAGCUGGCCGACAAAGACGAGUAUGAGCACCAGCUAAAGGACCUGGAGAAGGUGUGCAACCCCAUCAUCUCCAAACUGUACCAAGGAGGAAUGCCCGGAGGAAUGCCAGCAGGAGGCUGUGGUGCCCAGGCACGCAGCGGCGCAGGUGCCAGUUCACAGGGGCCCACCAUUGAGGAGGUGGACUAAAGUGGACUCUGGAAUACAGCGAGAAAUGCACAUGAGAUUCAUUAUAGAGACAGUCGUUCAACUGUUAAAAAUGGUAUAUUGCUUUUGAUACAGUGUUCAUAUUUGUAAAUGUUUUUAAAUGAAUGUUAAAGGAAUAAUUUUAUAUGUAACAAUUUUUGACCAUUUUCAUCAAUUCCUCAUUUUGAGAUGUUAAUAUUGUUCUUUUAAAAACACUUUUGUCUGUUUGCACUUUACAUGUAAAUAAAUCUUCAUAAAAAAUCAA